GAAGAAGAGUGAGAGAAAUCUCCAAACAUGGAAGGCAAGGCCAAAGCCAAUUGUAACCUGAGACGUUCAUAUGAAGAAUUCAAACCCUCUUUGAAUUGGAACAAAGAAGAAGGUCAUGAUACUCUUGUCAUCCAUCUACCUGGUUUCAAGAAGGAUCAAAUAAAUGUGCAAAUUGACUAUCUAAGUAAUCUGAAGAUCAACGGAGAGCGUCCCCUUGAGGAAAAUAGAUGGAGCCGUUUCCAUAAGAAUUUUCGCAUUCCGAAUGACUGUGAUGCAGAUGGGAUUCAUGCAAAAUUUAGAGGUGAACUCCUUUCUAUUACAAUGCCAAAGAAAUCAACUCAACAAAAAAAAAUUGAGUUUAGAUUGGGUGGCUUUGUUUUGAGAUGGAGUAAGCCUUUAAAGGUGGUUUUGAGUGUCUUCGUGGCCAUUGUUGUGCUAGUUGCCCUAGGUAUUUAUGCAGCAAACAUGCUUUAGGACUAGUUGAUGCUUUCCCCUCAAUGGGUUUAUAUGCUUUGUAUUCAAAAAAUCCAUCAACACCAAUUGAAAACAAGAAAAAGAAGAUGACGAUGCUGAA